GCUUUGCCACAGGAUCUGAGGAGCUAGAAGUUCUCCUACCUGGGUGGAGACACAUCGGCUGAAAUCCAGUAGCAACUAGAGUUGACUCACCAUUGUGGCCUAGUGGCUAGAGUAUUGGCUAAAGGGGACUGGGGAGAUCCAAGUUCUAGUUCCCACCAAGCUAUAAAACUGACUGGAUGAUUCUGAGCCCAUCGCACAAACAUAUCCUCUCUAUCUGACAUGCCUGGCAAGGUUGUUAUGAGCGUACAUUUAGGACUAAGAUUUGGGUUCAGUGCCGUGAAAGGGUGGUAACUACUUAUGUAUAUAGACAUGAACACUGCUUAUGCUUUAUCAGCAACUUUCUCCUUUGUCUUGCAGGGCUUGUCAUUUAUCAUCUUCAUCUGCUACAUUGCCUCAACAGCUGCUCCUUUUUUGAUGGUGCCCUUAUUAACGUUCCUCUUGGCCCUGUGUUUUUUCUUUGCAUACUCCUUAAAGCUUAACGAGAAAUUCAAAGCAAUCUACUGGAUUCUGGCGGAUUUCCUAUGUGGCAUCAUUGCUGCCAUUAUCUACUUUGCCAUUUCCAUUGCUGCUGUCUCAAAAUAUUCUGACACAGCAUCCAAGGCAGCUGGAGUAUUUGGCUUUAUUGCUACAAUUGUCUAUUGCAUUUAUGUCUAUUUGACCUUCAACAGCCUGACAACAUAUCUCAAACAAGAAGGCUCUUCAGAUGCCCCGGAGCCUCAUAAAUCAGAAGAAGAUGAUUCUGAUUCUGAUUCUGACUGAAAAACUGCACACUGUGGAACUGCAGAACCACUACAAGAGGAGAACAAACCUUUCUUGUCAUUUUAGCCUUUGUGACCUCACGAACAUCGUUUUUCCCCAGUAUUAUACAGAAUGUCAAACUCACUCCUGAGGAUCUUCCAAUCUCAUGGAGUACUUAAUCAGGAAAAAAACUGAUCUACGGCAGUGUGAGCCUAUAAUAUACUUUCUGCAACUUUCCAUCAUUCCGCACUAUUGACGGUGCAUGAAUGUACCACUUGCAAGACUGGCCCUUUGAUGCGCAAACUAUGUAACUGAGGCUCAGGCUGCAUGUUGCAGAUUAGGGAUGAGGAAUCGGCUUGGUACAGCAGAGAACUGUGAUUAUUCUUGUUGACACGGGGGGGGGCGCUUCUUGAAAAAUGACUUUCUACACUGUGGAUUUGUAAGGACCACAGCAAAAACAGAGAAUGUAACCUUUUUCUCCCCUAUUGUAAUCCUAAGAAAAUUCUUCCACUCAAGCUAGCAUUUCUUUCAGGGGAAAAUCGUAAUGCUGGUGGGAAUUUCCCCAGAGGUAAAUUCCAGCUUCAGAAACUUCUCUCAGAAUUACAGCAAGGCUAAAACUGUUAAUUCCAUGAAUGCUUCUCUAAUCCACAUAAUUUUUAGCUCCUCCCUUGCCACCUGAAGCUAUUUCCAUAUUAAAAACUUUCAAAUUAGAUGCAAAUAUAUCUGUAAUGAGUGAUUUCCCCAAGACAUUGAAUAACUGCUGGGAGUCAAAUUAGCUACUGUUAUCGAAGACAUAUGCCAAUCUGGUGUUCUCCAGACAUUUUAGACUACAGUGCCUAUCAGCCCCAGCCCACACAGGCUGUUGCCUUGGACAAUGGGAAUCAUUGUCUAAAACAUCUGGGAGAGAGUCCGGUUGCCAAAUUGCAGCAUAAUGGCUGAAACGCCAACUUGCAGUUCCACAGGCCAGAGAGUGCCCUGGUUAAAAUAACUGGGCUUCCAGUUGCACAGCAGGGCAGGGAACACCAAUCUGUGCAAGAAGCAAUCCUUUGCCUCACAGAGUAUUGUGGGUAAAACCAAACAGAAUUUUGGCCCAGGUGGAGGAAGGUGGAAUAGCCCAGGCUGGGCUGCACAGACUAAUCACAGUUAUUGCAUGAUUUUGAAAUGAUACAGGUACUUUACAAAAAAAAUGGCAAGGACAUGUAUUAGUCCAGAUUUAUUUUUCAAGAGUGUUAGACAAAGUUCAUUACUGUAUCUGCUUUUCCUUUGCCAUCUAUCUGACACUUUAAGCAGUACGAGCAAUGCAGUUCUCAGCAGUGACGAUCCAAAGUGACAAGGGUGAACGUAUGGAUGAGAUGUGCCAGACACUAGUAGAGCCAAAUAUUUUUUUAUCAAAUGGAGUUGCUUCAUUGGAAAGAAGUAGUGGAGAAGAAUGUUAAAUUGGGACAUGAUUUUUUAUUAAAUUGACUGUUGUUCUUAGUGAAAAGAAAAAAAUUGACUAGAUUACAAAAAAGCAUGAACUAGAAUAGUUAACAGGCAAUGAUUAAAGAUCUUAUUGCUAGUGUAAUGUAAGUGGUGUAAACAGUAUAGCUUUUGGCAGUGAAUGGCUGAAAGUUAUGGAGUCAGUGUAGACAUGAUCGACAUCCUCUUGCUUAGUUAUGUAAAUGGCAAAAAUUACCCCAAAUUAAAAAAUAACCUUAGACAUUAUCAGUUGCAUGCUGAGUCAUACUACUGAGUAUGUAAUGUCUGUAGUGAUUUCUUAAUUUGGCACAAUUUGCCUCCAAAACUUUUGGCAUUUGCAUGUCUACACUGACUUCGUAACUUACAGCCAUUCACUGCCAAAAGUUCUACUGUUUACAUUAACUUAUGCCAUUUGUGCUACACCAGUGUAAUUAGGCAAGAGGAUUGCGACAUAUCUGUUGCACACUGAAUGCAAUUCAAUGCAAAAAGUCAAUGGAAAAAGUGGCAACAUUUAAGCUACAACAGCAAUAGGGGUUUGGCCAAUAUUGAAACAGCAGUUCUGAAGAAUAGUAAUACAAACUUCAGUAUCACUAUUGGGGGAGAGUAACAGAUAUUCAUAUUCAUGAAGAAAAGACAGAAUAAAGAAUUUUGGACAUGGCUUCUGAUUAAAUCACGCCUUAAAUAUAUCACUUACCUUUAAACCUUUAAUUAUGGUUGCUAUAAGCUGGUUCUAAUUUGACAGCAUGUAAC